UGCUUUACUGCAUAUACAGACCAGGGGCGGACUGACCAUUUGGAAACUCGGGCCCUGCCCGAGGGCCCGAGGUCAGCAGGGGGCCACAUGAGAUGCCCCUGGUACCUUUUUCAUAGGCUUUUUUGAGUUUGGGCAAGGACACAGGGGCCCCAUGAUCCCCUAUUGCCCGGGGGACCCAUGAGUUGUCAGUCCGCCCCUGAUACAGACUGCUUUUUAUGUUUGGGUUUAGUAACACUUUAAGGAUCCCCCCAGCUCCCCCUUACUCUUACCUGAGC